AUUGCGUCAGUUUCUCUUGUCCUCGCGAUCAUUUCUUCGUUUCGCAACGACUCGACAUUCACCUCUAUUACACCACAAUGUUCUGUUUACUGGAAUUUAGCUGUUGAAGGGAGGUCCAAAUCGGCCUCCCAAGAGAAGAGUAGAUUGUGUUCUCUAGUUGAGAGCAGUUUCAGCCCUUACAGCUGGAUUUUCGCUUAAUUUUAUACGUUUAACUUCUUCAACGCAACGUCGCUUUGCUUCCGUGCAACGUCACUCUGCUUAGUUGGCAAUAAGGAAUACCCAACUUACUUCGGGAAAAACCGAGUCUGGUCACUUUUCCGCUUUACCUGGAACCAAGAUUCACAGGCCAGAGGCAUAAGGAGUUUUGUGGUGGAAUUCUACGGGUUUUUAGAUGAACAGCUCUACAGCACGAUUCCAUCCCUACCAGCGUCAUGCAUCCAAAACAAAUAUUGAAACGACUACGCCAUUACCAAACUUGACUAUAGGCCUACAACCAACGCCGCCUAAACGGACUACAGAGGCCCCACAAAUAUGCAAAGUCGGAAAAUAUAUCCUUCUUGAGCGAUCGGGAGGUGGGGGCCUUCACAAAGCUGUAAAUAUUGAGACUCAAACGGAGUACGCUUGUAAAAUCAUCGAUGUCAACAAAUUUCGUGAAACGCUGGCUCCUGUGUUUCACAUAACUUCGCAUGAGGGGAUAAACAAAGUUGUCGAAAUUUUGGUCAGUGACUCUUAUGCCUAUGUGUUCUUUGAAAGAUCUUACGGGGAUUUGCACAGCUACGUACGAUCGAAAAGGAGACUAAAGGAAGAAGAAGCUAGUAAACUGUUUAGCCAAAUUGCUUGUGUCGUAUCUCACUGUCACAGUUCGGGUGUUGUCCUGAGAGAUCUGAAACUUCGGAAGUUUGUAUUCCAAAAUCCCGAAAGGACUAAAAUCAAGCUGGAGGGACUGGAAGAUGCCUGUCUUCUAGAAGGACAAGAUGACAUACUUGAGGACAAACAUGGCUGCCCCGCGUACGUCAGCCCGGAGAUCCUUCAAUCCCAGGGGGGAUAUUCAGGCAGAGCAGCAGACAUCUGGAGUCUUGGUGUCAUGCUGUAUACCAUGGUGGUGGGUCGCUAUCCCUUCCAUGACAGUGAACCAACUGCUCUUUUCACCAAGAUUCGCAGAGGACAUUUUGCAAUUCCCGAUACAGUAUCAUCCAAGGCUAAAUGCUUGAUUCGAUCAAUGAUGCGGCGGGAUCCAGACGAGCGCUUGAUGGCUUCCGAGGUCCUGGAGCAUCCUUGGUUCAGCUCUUCCUUUCCUAUAAGUAACCCCUGUCGCAUUGAUCAAAAGCUUGCUGAUCAAACGGUUCCAGAUUUAUCAACUGAUGUUGACAAUGCUUCGUUUUUCAUUUAAGAAAUCUCCUUUGACAUCACUAUCCUAUUUUUUAUUCUCGGGGUUUGUUGCACUUAGACUUAUCUGUUUUAAAUUCAGUGUUUUCAGAGUCACUAGGACUUUGACGGCACUGACUUUUCCCCUUAGCUCCUUGCUAAAUCAAGCAGAUGGUUUAAGUUUUUCGAACCUGCCUUUUAAUAUACCAAAUGAAGAAACAAUGCCCUCAUUGUAAACAACUCAAAGCAACACCCUCCCUUCCCUUGAAAGAGAUAUAUUUAUUGUACAUAAUUCAAGGUAGUUUCUACAUGAGAUGAUAUUGUAAUUAAGUAUAUAUACAGAAGUCGAUUUUUUUUUUAGAUUUUACAAAGAGCUUUAGCUAAACGCCUUUUCCGCUGUUUCUUCAGGGAUUUUUUUUUCAUGACUUUGUGAAAGGGUUUUUUUUAAGAGUUGGGUUUUCAAAUUUCUAAACCCAACCUCCAGAUAGGCUGUUUUCUGUGCCGCAGACACAGAAUUGUAUUUUUGGCAAAGAAUUGCAAGCAAGGUAUUAAAAUUUUGCUUUGAUAUAAAA